AUGUACAGCGCCGAGAUCGUAGGCGCGUUGGCGAACAAUCUUUCGCCUAGUUUUAGCAUGGCCAGUAAAUGGGAGAACGAAGUAAAAAAGGAGUUUGAAACCUAUCUGCGGGUGAACGGCUGGCCUCCUUCAUCGUUGGGGUCGCGAUUCUUCAGUUCCCCCUGGUCUAAAGACAUACCUCCUCCUCUCCUUGAUACCCUUCGGUCAUUUCAGCAUCUUAUCGCAUACUACGAAUCAGCGAGUGAUAUAGAAAACGAGGAUUCGCGGAUCAAAAACAAUUAUCUUAUCUUCGCAACUCGUCGACUAUUUCACUUGCCCAUGGAGUGCCCGCUCAGUCCCUCACACGAAACGAUCCGACUCGCCAUCCUGGCCUAUUGUUCGUCUAGAAUAUGGUCCACCCCACUCUCGCCAUGCGUUGACACUAUCAUGAAAGCUCUUCGCCCCGCCCUCGCACAAAGUUUCAAUAAGCUCCAAAAUACGGCCCCGGAUCUUCUGUUCUGGAUUCUUUUCAUUUUCGGAUUCUCCACUCAGAACAUGCAAUAUCAGCCAUGGAUCGCGACGCAUAUCAGGCAAUCCGCCAAAUCACUAAAACUCGAAAGCUGGAACGAUGCGUUGCCUGUGUUGGAAGUGUUCUUCUUUGUCUGUAGAUCUCCCCAGGAUCCAGCCAUAUCUUACUGGACCUCCGCCAUUUCCUCUGAACCAUUCGGUGUUCAAAAACAAGUGCAGAAUAGGACUUGA